CAGGUGGCACAUGGUGGCUUCCUGCCCGCCCCCACGGAAGGUCUCAGGUCUCGGUGUCACCACCCUUUGCCCGGCCCCGAGUUAAUGAUCCACCCGCCGCCAAGCCCCCAGCAGCACCCGGCGUGGUGGCAGCGGCAGCGGGGCCGGGGGUCCCUGGCACGGGUGGCUCGGGAGGGGCUGGUGGCUCCCUGCCCUGGGCCCCACCCCUCUUCCCCAGCUGCCAGAUAGGAGUGGCUGCGGGCAGCACGCACUGCCCGGCGCGGCGUGGGCACAGAGCGGCCGCAGCAUGGCCACGGUGAACCUCCGCGCCCUCACCUCCUGGGUGGGCAUCGCCCGGCUCCUCGCCGUCCUGCUGUCCUGCCUCACCUUCAGCUUGGUGGCCUCCACCGGGCACUUUGGGGGUCCCUACGGGACGUGGUGCAUGUUCACCUGGUGUUUCUGCUUCGCCGUGACGCUGCUGGUGCUGCUGCUGGAGCUGCUGGAGCUCUACCCUCUGCUGCCGCUCUCCUGGGACGACUUCACCUCGGCUUUCUCCAUGCUGGCCGCUUUGAUGGUCUUCACCUCCUCGGUGGUCUUCCCUGCCACCUUCAUCCACAGCCCCUGCAGCAGCAGCCAGUGUGCCCGGCAGGCCGUGGCCACCGCCGCCUCCUGCCUCUGCUUCCUCGCCUACGCCGUCGAGGUGUCGCUGACCCGCGCCAAGCCCGGGGACAUCAGCAGCUUCCUCUCCACCGUGCCUGGGCUCCUCAAGGUCUUUGAAGCCUACGUGGCUUGCCUGAUCUUCUCCUUGCUGGAUGAAUACAAUACAGAACCUGGCCUGAUGUGGUGCGUGGCUGUCUACUCCAUCUGCUUCAUCUUCACCCUCCUCAUCAUCAUCGUCACCAUCGGCCGCUGCCUCACCUACAUUCCCUGCCCGCUGGAGAAGGUGCUGGUGGGCUACAGCUUCCUGGCCCUGCUGAUGUACCUCACUGCCACCAUCCUGUGGCCCCUCUACAGCUUCCGGGGACAGAGCCGCCCUGACCCCUGCGGCACGGACUGCUGGUGGAACAAGCACCUGGGGGUCACCUUCCUCACCAUCUUCAACCUCAUCGCCUACUUGGUGGACCUGGUUUACUCCACCAGGAUGGUCUUUUUCAGGGCACCUCCCUAAGGGCUCGGGGCGGGGUUGGGGGUGGUGGGACGGGCUGGGGGCCAGUGCCGGUGCGGGGCUGCCGCUGGAGCUGAGGAAGAGGCCGGGUGCCUCGGAGAGCUCCUUGUCCCCGCGCUGCACGGAGAGCCAGGGGUGCUCCCAGGGCUGCGCUCAGCCCGGGGCCCCACGGGCUGCACAGACACGGGGCUGGAGGGGCCACGCCGGGCUCACUCUGGAGCUUGAGGGGGCUUUGGGAUUAAACUGGGUCAUUUUUCA